AUGCACCAGCAGGCCUGGGGGGAGCAGUUGGACAUCACCUUCAACAGGCUUCAAGACCUUCUGGCCGCGUUGCCAACGCGCCCAAACCCCCAAGUCAGCCGUAAAGUCAGCCUGGGGGCGAGCCUGGGGACGACCCUGGGGACGACCGCUGCGCCGGCGCAGCCAACGGUGUUGUCCAACAGCGAUCCCAUCCCACGCCAUGUGGGCUUUGAUGGGAAGCUGGACAGCCAGGCAGACACUCAGUGUGACAACGCAAGUUGGCGUUCUACGGCUGAGAAGUGCGAGGUGGAGAAUGAGAUUGUGAACGACGGCUCCAACGACUCAUCCCAGAGUUCUGACCUGUCGACGGAUUCAGUCUACAAUUCUCUGACCACUCCUGGUGGGAACAUGGGACGUCAGACGACACCUUUCUCGCAUGCCUCGAUGAAAGAGUACGACAAGAAAAUUGGCUCUGCGAAGAACCAGGCGGACAGGAUCGUCGCGCACACUGCCUCCGUCCAGGACCACACCAUGAGCUUCAAGACCUUGCGGGGAUCCUUAGACUACUUCGCUGGAGCCCUCGUCCUCCUGAAUUCCUUCAUCAUGCUGGUGGAGUUCGAACUCUCUGGCCGGGAGCUAGGGCCGAUCUUCGGACUGGAAGGCCACGCAUAUUCGAGUGCAACGGAUUCCGCCUUUUUGGUCAUCGACGCGCUUUUCGUUCUCAUCUUCGUGUGCGAGUGGUCACUGAGGGUUUGGUUUGAGCGAUGGAUGUUCGUCAAGGACAUCGCAAAUCUCUUCGACACGGUCCUCGUGUUCUCCGGGGCUGUAGACCUCGCACUCAGCCUCUUCCUCGCCGACGCUGGUGGCGCCUCAAAGAGUAUCGUGGUGCUGCGGCUGAUGCGCGCCGUGAAGUCUCUGCGAGCAGUUCGCAUGGUGCGAAGCUUGCGCUUCUUCCAAGGGCUGCGCGUGCUUGUCAAAGCCUGCCAGUGUUUUCUGCCUUCGCUUUGCUGGGCGAUGGUCCUGCUGCUGAUCUUCAUGUCGAUGGGAGCUCUCAUGAUGGGAAACCUCCUGCAAGACUUCGUGGCGAACGAGGACAUGGAUUUCGAGGACCGGAAGUGGGUAUUCCAGCGCUAUGGAACCGCUUAUCGAGCGAUGUAUACUCUUUUUGAGAUUACAUUUGCUGGCAAUUGGCCCACCAGCGCAAGACCUGUGCUGGAGAAGGUUAGCCAGUUCUAUGUACUAUUUUUUGUCCCGUACAUCACUUUGGUGGUCUUCGCGGUCAUCCGAGUCAUAUCUGCCGUCUUCCUGAAAGACACCCUCGACGCUGCGCAGAACGAUGCGGAGCAACUUGUUGUGGACCGCCUGCGUAAGAAGGCACAGUACGUGGCCAAACUGGAAAGCAUAUUCCUGGCGAUCGACGACACAGGCGAUGGCAUCAUCUCGGAGGAGAGGCUGAAUGAUAUCCUGCAGAAUCCGAAGGUCGCAGCGUACCUUGAGACGCUUGAGUUGGACCUCCAUGAAGGUGUGGCAUUGUUCCACCUCCUAGACAACGGAGAUGGAGAGGUCACUCUGGACGAGUUCAUAGAUGGCAUCAUGCGUUGCAAAGGGCCCGCGAGGGCGAUCGAUCAGGUGGCGAUGCAUGCGGACAUCAAGGCUCUCGACCACAAGAUUGCAAAGUUGGCGCGCAAGCUCCGGGACAAGGAGGCCCCCGCGUCUGCAGUUGCAAGGGACUCCAGGGCUACUUCCCGCGAUUGUUUAGGGUUUAGGGGGUUUUGGGGGUUUAGGGGUUUAGGGUUUAGGGUUUGGGGUGUUUGGGGCUUUGGGGCAGUGUGUGCACGUAUGUUUGUCUUGGCUUGGAUUCAAUCUAUCGUUGAACCCUCAAUUUAA